CAACAUCGUAUUUACUACAAAGCAUUCAUAAUAUUAUUGUGUUUUUUGCAGCUCCAGAAGCAAAUUCACGAGUAACAAGAGAAAAAAAUCAAAGUUGUAAAUUAAACGUGUUGCAUUUGAAGCAAAAAAUAUAUAAAAAUAAACAAAAAACUGGAACAAACAUUUGAAAACCUUGAAACCUCUCGAUAUACAAUCGAAAAAACAGAACAACAGAAGCACGCCAUAAAGUUUCUACGCAUUUUUCGUCACGUACACUUUAAGAGAAACAAAAACUAUCGAGUCUUGUGUCAUUGAACGCAUUUUAGAUCACAAAGUGUGUGCAAAGCGAAAGGAAAAGUGAAAAACUUUUAAAAUUUUCAGUGAAUUAAUGCUCCGAUAGCAUAAAAACGACAAAAAAAUCAGCAACAUGGACAUCUAUUACAUGGGCGAUUGCACUUCUUAUGCUUCUCUGCGAAGCAUCCAUCAUCGCGACUACGAGAAAUAUCCAUAUGGAUCGCUCGAGAAUGCCAAAGUGACUCCCAUGAAGAGUGCUUAUUGUCUCGCUCAAGAAAAAGCGGAACAAAACAAACAAAAAAGCAAGAAAAAGGACUCCUGCCCCUUUUGCAAGGAACAAAAGAAACGGCCAUUGGUAGCUUACAUGCGAAAACGCGAAUGUACCAAGCGAAACGAAAGCAUUUGCGAGGAAGAAGAACAUCAAGAGCCCGAAGAAACAACGAAUCACAAUGCAACCGACAAAAAAUGAACAAAAAUUCUAAUUUUUAAUACAAAUCCAAGAGAAAAAAGUCUUUAUUGGACCAACACACUAAUGCCUUCUUCUAUAAAUGAGCUACAGUUUUGGCCAAAAACAAAAAAAAAAUGUUAAUCAUUCAGAUUAUAUUUAUGAAGAGAUAUGAUUAUUUAUACACUUUGAUCGAUUUUUAGAUCAUAAAUUUUAAAUUAACCUUCUUUUGUAACUUUUUAGUAUAUACUAUUAUUUUGUAUGUAAAAGAUGAAUUAAGAAUUGAUUCGUCAAAAAAAAAAAAAAACAUAAAAAUUGUUAAAUAUUUAGAAAAACAUAAAAAUAAUGUUAAAAAGUCAAAAAUGUAUAAUGUUAAGUUAAAUGUUAAAAAAAUAUUAAGUCAGAUUAUGAAUAAGUAACGACAAUAC